CAUUCCGUGAUGAUCUCGGAGGUCUCCCAGCCUUCUGCAGAAGACUGUGUACGUAUACGAGUUCAGUACAUUCGUUCCUUCCUUAGACCAUUACAUAUAUAUCUAGUCAUCAUUCCUGCAAUUUGAACAUUGAACAUUGAACAUCGAGCAUUGCAUUUUCAUUCACCAAGAUGACGAACAGAAUCGAUGUGGAAGAUGUGCUUUCAAAGCUUAAUAAUUUAGAGAAGGUUUCUCUAACAGCGGGUGCAUAUAUCUACAACCCUGUAUGUUAAAAAAAAGAAGUCAUAUUAUCUAACAAUUUUCAGGUGCCAGCUGGUGGCAAACAGCCGCCAUCCCCAAGUACAAUGUACCUUCGAUUCGAGUUUCGGACGGUCCCAAUGGCGUCCGUGGUAGUCGAUUCUUCAAGGGCAUCAAAGCAGCUUGUUUCCCGUGCGGCACUGCUCUGGGUGCGACGUGGGAUAUUAAACUCCUUCAUCGCGCUGGCGUUUUGAUGGGAGAGGAAGCUAAAGCAAAAGGAGUUCAUGUAAUACUUGGCCCUACUAUCAAUAUGCAAAGAUCACCAUUGGGAGGUCGUGGGUUCGAAUCACUCAGUGAAGAUCCUGUUCUAUCAGGAUUGGGAGCUGCUGCCCUUGUGAAUGGGAUUCAGGAGACAGGUGUUCAAGCUACCAUCAAGCAUUUUGUUUGUAAUGACCAGGAGCAUAAAAGGAAUGGUGUCAAUGUUAUAAUCACGGAAAGGGCAUUGAGGGAGCUAUAUUUAUUACCGUUUCAAUUGGUGGUUAGGGAUUCAAAGCCUGCACUAUUCAUGUCUGCUUACAAUAAAGUUAACGGAACUCAUGUUAGUGAAAACUCAAGGAUACUUAAAGAUAUCUUACGAGGAGAAUGGGGGUGGGAAGGAUGUAUCAUGAGUGACUGGUGGGGUACAUAUUCAACGACGGGCGCGAUCAUGGCUGGCUUAGACUUGGAGAUGCCAGGCCCCACAAAAUGGAGAGGCCCACUGUUGAUACAAGCUGUUAGCACGGGAAAAGUACCUCAGCAUAUUCUUGAUGAACGAGCGAGGAAUGUGCUCAAACUUGUAGAUCGCGCCGCAGAUGCAAAGGUUCCUGAAAAUGCGGAGGAAAAAGCUGCUGACACUCCAGAGACAGCUGCUCUUCUAAGAGAAAUUGCAGGUGACUCUAUUGUAUUGAUGAAAAAUGAGGGCAAUGCUUUGCCAUUUCGCAAAGACAAGAAGGUAACACUUUGUACUCAGAUAUAACAUGCAUGACUGACGUUGAUAGACUUUAAUUGUCGGUCCCAAUGCUAAGGUUGCUACUUAUCACGGAGGAGGCUCGGCAUCUCUGGCAGCAUACUACGCCGUUACACCAUUUGAUGGCAUUAGUGCUGUCCUCGAGUCAGCUCCAUUAUACACUGUGGGGGCCUACGCACAUAAGGACCUUCCAUUGAUUGGCCUUCUCCUCAAGACAGACAAGGGAGAAACAGGUGUCUCUUUCCGAGCUUACAAUGAUCCCCCCACGGUCAAAAAUCGUGAAUUGGCCGAUGAGAUAAUCCUUACCAAGACAGAACUCCUAAUGAUGGACUAUUCUUGCCCCAAAUUGAAGGAUGAAUUGUGGUGGGCGGAUGUCGAAGGUUACAUGACCGCCGAAGACGAUUGUGAUUUUGAGCUAGGUCUAGGAGUAUACGGAACUGCAAAUCUAUUUGUGGAUGGCAAAUUGUUAAUCGACAAUUCGACUAAACAGACCAGGGGAACUAUGUUUUUCUCUUGUGGUACAGUCGAAGAAAAGGGAUUCAUAUCGCUGAAGAAGGGACAGAAAUAUCACAUCAAAGUUGAGUUUGCCAGUUCACCGACUUGCAAGCUGGAUAGAGGAGAGAAUGUCUUAUUCGGACCUGGAGCCCUGAGAAUUGGUGGUGCGAAAGUCAUUGACGCGGAUGAGGAAAUUGCACACGCAGCAGAGUUGGCCAAAGAGGCUGAUCAAGUCAUCAUUUGUGCCGGUCUAAACGUAAGAUAUUUCUUCAUUAUACAACAGACGCCACUAACAAUUCACAGUCCGACUGGGAAGCCGAAGGAUCUGACCGAGAAAUUUUUGGUCUUCCAAUGCAUAUGAACAAAUUAAUUUCAACCCUCACUCCAGUCAAUCCCAACACAGUCGUCGUAAUCCAAUCUGGAACCCCCAUUGCUCUUCCCUUUAUAUCCACAACUCCAGCUCUAAUUCACGCCUGGUAUGGUGGCAAUGAAACUGGAAAUGCCAUUGCCGAUGUCAUUUUCGGUAAAACGAAUCCAUCAGCAAAAUUGCCCCUGUCGUUCCCAAAGAGAAUCGAAGAUAAUCCGGCAUUCUUGAGCUUUAGAACGGAAAGAGGUAGAGUUAUUUAUGGCGAGGAUGUCUACAUGGGAUAUAGGUGGUAUGAGGCAAUAGAUCUACCUGUUCUCUUCCCCUUCGGUCAUGGACUCAGUUACACUACCUUCUCUCUCUCCAACUUAAAUGUCGAAAAGAUUGGCAAGAAAAUCAAAGUUUCAGUAAAAGUAAAGAAUACAGGGAAACUUACGGGAGCAGAAGUUAUUCAAGUAUACAUCAGACAACAAAAUCCAUCGAUUCGCAGACCAAAGAAGGAAUUAAAAGGAUUUGAGAAAGUAUUUUUCGAGGCAGGAGAAGAGAAAACUGUGGAUGUGGAGAUUGAGAUUAAAUAUGCGGCGGCAUUUUGGGAUGAAGUCAGGGAGGCUUGGAUUGUGGAGAAGGAUACGUAUGAGGUUAUUGUGGGAAAUACUAGUGAGGAGGGCAACGGGGAAUUGAGGGGUGUAUUUGAGGUAGAGAAAACGGAAUGGUGGAAUGGUUUGUAAAUUCACAGUCUGCAGUUCCCGAAACAGGAUUUGGGAAUGCAAAUUGUAGUUUAUUGCUAGCUUGCUGGAGGAGGAGAUUGUGAUAUCCAUAAUGUUGAGAUAUUAUUAGUCACCUUUAUUAUGAUGGAUCCAUCCCUUUU